UUCUAUGAGAUCUACACAUUCAGAGAACUUCCAUCCUCACCACAAGAAGGGGACCAUCAUGUCUGCUGAUAACACCAUGAUCUUUCAAGAAAGAGAAGAGGACGUUUUGGAGGCAGUUAUUCCUCAUUUAAAACAAGGAUUAUGUCAUUUCAGAGAUUUGGCAGAAAUGUUAUUGAACUUUGAUGAAGCUCAAAUCAUAACCCUAAAACAUGCAAUUCAGAAAGGGCUGGAUAUGUUUCAGCUAUGCGAAGCUGUAGCUGAUCAACAACUAAGAGAAAUAGACAAGUAUUUUGAGGAACUCACAAAUAAGAUUGGAAUGCUUGAGUCUGAGGAACGUCGUUUAAAACCACAAUUAGACAAUCUGGAGAAUCAAUUGAAAGAAAUCAACGACUCCUUGCAGAAUUACAGUGAUGCCUUAAAGAAAGCUGAGUGUGACGUGAGUUCCUCCAAGAAUGCUCUGGAUGAAUGCAGGUCCAGGGAAACAUACAAUGAAACCAUAAGGAAUGUUGGAAUAGGGGUUAUGUUUAUUCCCUUUCUCGGCCUCAUCGCAGGGUCAGUGAUGAUUGGUGUCGGACAAACAGAGCUAAACAGAGCUACAUUUGAGGCACAGCAAGCAGAAGAGGUAAUGAACAAUUUCCAGAAACAAGUUGAUUCCUUCACCUCAGAGGUAACUGCAAAAAAGCAAGAGAAGAGUGAACUAAAUGAAAUGAUUGAAGAAUGUCAACGUAACAUCUGGAAGACAAAGGAGAGUCUUAAAGAGGUGAAGAGUAAACAGUUACAAAUAUCUGAUUAUCAAGGGAUGUUUAGGAAGGCUGUUCACUUUCUAGGUCUUUUAGCUGGAAAAGCUAGUGUUGCAAUGGUUGAGAGCACUCAAGUCAUCGUCCUUCUGGAACCAGUGUGUAAUGUGAUGGCAGAUAUUGUGAGCCUUUUUAUAAAAACUGAAGCAGAAAAUAAUCUGUUUCUGCAGGACAACGAUUUAAAAACUUCCAUCCAGAGCCUGCAUGAUAUCAAUCAGCGAGUUUCAGCUAUUACUGGAAAACCAGAAAAUCCUUUCUUUUAACACUAGAACUGCCGGGCCUUUCAGACCCCCAGAAUCCACCAGAACCAAACACUGUUUGGUGUCAUUAGCAUACGAAAUACUAUUUGCAUAUACAUUCUCCUCUGCA